CGCUAUUCUCACCCAUAUUUUACUCUGAGAAUUUCCACAAAAUUAAGAUUUUCCGACAAACUCAAAGAUUUCCCUUUAUUUUGAUUUUUUUGACAUUUAAUUCGUCGCUUGAAUCAUCAUAUUCUGUAAGUGAGCACUGAUUUCUUUGCAGUUGAGAAAUGUGCUCAGUAAGAAGACGUUAAAAUUGAUUUUUCCACCCAAGUAAACAAAUAAAUUUUCACGGAAUUUUCCCCAUUUUACCUGUGAUACAGUGAUUAUGUCAGAAGAAACCAUUUCCGGAGACAUUCCUUCAGCUGCCGAGGGUACUACAGCAGGCCCCAGUGGGUCGGAUGACAAAAAUGAAGCACAAAAUAGCAAAGUUGACAUCCUCCUGAAUGCCACAGGGAAUGUUCCGAUAAUGAAGAAGCGAAAAUGGGCUGUGGAUCAGGAUAAACCAAUCAGCUGGAUUAUGAAAUUCAUCCACAAAUACCUCAAACUCGAUCCAGAGGAGAAACUCUUCCUCUACGUCAAUCAAACCUUUGCUCCUGCCCCAGAUCAGAUUGUUAAGAAUCUGUACGAGUGCUAUGGGACCAAUGGGAAGCUUGUACUCUACUACUGCAAGAGUCAGGCAUGGGGGUAGUCCUCGAUUUUUUUUCUCAUUACAUUUUAUUUGAUAAUAAAUCCUAAAUAACAAUCUC